AUGCCUGCCGGCGGUGGAGAGGUGGGGACGGCCCGACGGCGGGCGGGCUUGGCGGCGGCGCCGCCAGACCCCCCAGGAGAGCCGGGAUCUGGCGGGGCGGAGGAGGAGGCGGCGGGGGACGAGGGAAACCUGGAGCUGGGGGAGCAGGAGGAGCUGCUGCUGCUGGCGGGGGAGGACGAGGUGGACCCGGCCGCGCUGCUGUUGCUCUCGGCUUCCACCUCCCAGCCUCUCCCGCUGCUGCCGGCGCUGGGUUCUGUCUUGGUCUCGCCCUCCGAUGCGCAGGAGGUGGUGGCGGGUGCGCUCUGCGGAGCGGACGAUCCGCAGGGCAUGAUGGCGGCGAUGUUGUCCCACGCCUGCAGCGGAUGCCUGGGCAGCGGCGGCGGGGGGGCGGUGGGCCUCAACGGCGAGCAGACGGCCUUGCUCCGCCGAAAGAACGUCAACACCACCGAGUGCGUGCCCGUGCCCAGCUCUGAGCAUGUGGCCGAGAUCGUGGGCCGUCAGGGUUGCAAAAUAAAAGCACUAAGGGCCAAGACAAAUACUUACAUUAAAACCCCUGUUCGUGGAGAAGAACCCAUUUUUGUUGUCACUGGACGAAAAGAGGACGUAGCCAUGGCCAAAAGGGAAAUUCUCUCAGCUGCUGAACACUUCUCCAUGAUCAGAGCAUCACGCAACAAGAAUGGCCCUGCCCUGGGAGGUUUGCCAUGUACCCCCAACCUGCCGGGUCAGACAACAGUCCAAGUCCGGGUGCCUUACCGCGUAGUUGGGCUAGUGGUUGGACCAAAAGGAGCUACCAUCAAAAGAAUUCAGCAGCAGACCCACACCUACAUAGUCACUCCCAGCAGAGACAAGGAGCCCAUCUUCGAGGUCACGGGAAUGCCCGAAAACGUUGACCGUGCGCGUGAGGAGAUCGAGAUGCACAUUGCCAUGCGGACCGGGAACUACAUCGAGCUCAACAAAGAUAAUGAUUUCCACUACAACGGGACGGAUGUGAGCUUCAACGCGGGCACCUUGGGGUCUGUGUGGCUCACCUCAAUCCCUGUCCCUCCUGCCCGCACCAAAAUUUCUAAUUAUAGAAAUGACAGUGACAGCUCUCUGGGAAGUAGCUCCACAGAUUCCUAUUUUGGAAGCAAUAGAUUGGCUGACUUCAGCCCAACGAGUCCGUUCAGCACAGGCAACUUCUGGUUUGGUGAAACACUGCCUGCAGUGGACACAGAAGACCUUGGGGUUGACUCUCCUGUGUACGACUCCUUAUCAACACCUUCCCAAACCAUUUGGACCCCUUUUGAACCUGUAAACCCACUCACUGGCAUUGGUAGUGACCCUGCUAGUACUGCCAAGGCUCAGCGCCGAGGGAGCCAACCAUCUACUCCUCGCCUCUCACCCACCUUUCCAGAAAGCCUAGAUCACCCUCUGGCGUGGAGAGUGAGGAGUACCCUGCCUGGCACUGGCCACCAAGUCGGCCUUCCCAUCUGCAUCCCCGCCUUCUCUAAUGGUACCAACAGCUAUUCCUCUUCCAACGGCGGAUCCACCUCCAGCUCACCCCCUGAGUCAAGGCGAAAGCACGGCUGUGUCAUCUGCUUUGAGAACGAAGUCAUCGCAGCCCUGGUGCCCUGUGGUCACAAUCUCUUCUGCAUGGAGUGUGCCAACAAAAUCUGUGAAAAGGAAACGCCAUUGUGUCCUGUUUGCCAGACAGCUGCUACUCAGGCAAUCCAAAUUCACUCUUAAAUACAAAUAGGUAUUAUUAUAUAUGGACUUUUAAAAACUCUUAAAGGCAUAGUUAUAAUGGUACCUUCUAGUAAACUUCCUGAUGAAUUCUGACUGUUGGACUUUCUUUGGAUUAGACUGAAACUGUUAAUAAAUUUCUACUUCCUCAAAAGGCUACUACAGUAACACUAAACCUCAGUGAUCUUGGUCCAGUUCAGUGUAAGCAGAUGUUGUGUUGAGCAAAGAGAAUCUGCCGUGAGCUUACAGCACAGUGAGGGGAAAUUUUCAUCAAUUAUAUAGCUGAAAACAAACAAACAAAAUUUUCUAGCUUCCUAAAGGAUCUCUGUUCAGCAUUUGAUUUCUGCGUGCUAGCAGCAACGAACCUUGUCGCCGGAGCACAGAAGUACUCGUCUGCCAUGGAGGAUUUGUGGCAUUAUCAAUAUAUCAAACAACACUUCCAGUGCUGCCUUCUUUACACUGCCAGUUUUGAAAAACAGGUUUGGGGAAAUUAUUUUUGUUUUGUGCAACAAUUUAUGCCUAAUUCUUCAGCAUUGCAAAUACCCUUCAAAAAAAAAAAAAAGUUUGAGUUCUUGAAAUGGGAGAUGUAAUUGGCAGGUUCAGAUGACAAAUUUUGGGGAAGGGAUGGUGAAAGCAUGUUUGGAGGAUCAGGAAUGUCUUGAUUUGUGAAUUCCUACUCACUGCUUUUCUUAAUGUAAUCUGGAAAAGUCUGGUGGGCUUCAUCCCAUUUUAGUAAGGGCUUUGGGAUGCACAUACUUUAGAGGUAGAGUGGGGAUACUGACAUUCAGUUUGUUAGUCCAAUCAAGCUGCAUUUUUAGAGAGGAUCUACUUCAAAAUGUGAAGCAUUUUUGUUUGAUCCAUUGCAUAUGUGCCCUUGUAUUACUCAUGAAAGCAACUAUGACAGUGGCCCUACAAUCAGUUUGUUUUAAAACUGUGUUUCCAAUCAUAAGGGGGGGAAAAAAAGUCUUUUGAAUGUGCUGCUCAUAUUUCAACCUGUGGAUGGUUCUAGCUUUUUCAUCCACAGUACUUUCCCAAAUCUGUGCUGGCAUAUUUUAAAACCACAAAAACACGCAAAAAAAGAGACACAAAGUGGAGUUCUGGUGGAUUUUUUUCUAAUUUUUUGAAGCUUUCUUUUCCCGAGACAAGACAAAGCUUUUA